UUGACCCUCCAAGUCCCUCCAUGCCUCACCUAUGGAACUUUCUACUAUAAGGAUAAGGGCUCGUCAGUGCUGGAGAGAUGGAGCCUAAUUCAAGGCUGGCCAAAAAUACAGCUGGAACUCCCACAGGAGCGAAGAACUGUUACAAACCUCACCACAAACUGCAAGGUGCACUCUUAAACCUUCCUUUACUAUAAACACAGAGCAGCGUGUACCUACAGAAAACAAACCCUACCCCCCACUCCCGCAGACGCAGGUGGAAAUGGAAAAUAAACUACAUAUAACAGCUGCAAGUCACGUCUCUUAGAGCCUGUCUUCACUGCAGUGUUAGCACAAAGCAUCAUUCGACGGUUGCACUAACCCCACUCCUGUGCAUCCACACGCACCUCCAGCAGAGGUAACACUCAGCUCGCCGGCUGCUCGGGGAGCGCAGGCUGGAGCUGGAGUGCUGCUGAGGGUGGAGCUAGCAAUGCAGUGGGGACGCAGCUACUCCGCUGCUCUCACUCGAGCGAGGGGAACCAGAGCCCGGGCUGCAGAGGCGAGAUGCUCCAAACGCACCACGGGAAGGCGCUUGGACGCUGUGGUGAUGCCAGCAGACUGUGACCCUGCACGGAACAGAGGGCACCUCACUGCGCCUAGCCUCAGGUUAAAUGGAAUCUACCUCUGGGAGCUGGAUGAUCUGUACUGACAGAGACUCAUCAUAGCAGCUCCACCACAUCUGGAGAUUGCAAUGAGUGGGGGAGGGGAGCAGCCAGACAUCCUCAGUGUGGGAAUCUUGGUCAAAGAAAGAUGGAAAGUGUUGAGGAAGAUAGGAGGUGGGGGGUUUGGAGAAAUUUAUGAUGCUCUGGACUUGCUCACCCGGGAAAAUGUUGCACUAAAGGUCGAGUCAGCUCAGCAACCAAAGCAAGUCCUGAAAAUGGAAGUGGCUGUGUUGAAGAAACUGCAAGGUAAAGACCAUGUUUGUAAAUUUAUUGGCUGUGGAAGGAAUGACAGAUUUAACUAUGUGGUCAUGCAGCUGCAGGGUCGGAAUUUGGCAGAUCUGCGUCGGAGCCAGUCUCGAGGGACCUUCACCAUGAGUACCACCCUGCGCCUGGGAAGGCAGAUUCUUGAGUCCAUUGAGAGCAUUCACUCUGUGGGAUUCCUGCACAGAGACAUUAAACCAUCAAACUUUGCUAUGGGACGUUUCCCUAGCACUUGUAGGAAGUGUUACAUGCUGGAUUUUGGCUUGGCACGACAGUUUACAAACUCAUGUGGGGAUGUCAGACCGCCACGAGCUGUUGCGGGUUUUCGAGGAACAGUGCGAUAUGCAUCAAUCAAUGCUCACAGAAACAGAGAAAUGGGAAGGCAUGAUGACCUUUGGUCCCUGUUUUACAUGUUAGUAGAGUUUGUGGUUGGACAGCUGCCUUGGAGAAAAAUAAAAGACAAGGAGCAAGUGGGCUCCAUAAAAGAGAGGUAUGACCACAGGCUCAUGUUGAAACAUCUCCCCCAAGAAUUCAACAUCUUUCUAGAUCACAUCUCCAACUUAGAUUACUGUACAAAACCUGAUUACCAGCUUCUCAUGUCUGUGUUUGACAACAGUAUGAAAACUUCUGGAGUCAUUGAAAGUGACCCUUUUGACUGGGAGAAGAGUGGAACUGAUGGCUCUCUGACGACGACGACAACAUCAACAACUCCUCAGUUACAUACUCGCCUGACCCCAGCUGCAAUUGGAAUAGCCAAUGCCACACCUAUCCCAGGAGAUUUGCUGCGAGAGAACACGGAUGAGGUGUUUCCAGAUGAGCAGCUCAGUGAUGGGGAGAAUGGUAUUCCUAUUGGAGUCUCACCAGAGAAACUGCCUGUGUCCCCUGGACAUCAACGUCCUCAGGAAAAAGAUGUCUGGGAGGAGAUGGAUGCCAACAGAAACAAAAUAAAGCUGGGGAUCUGUAAGCCUUCUACAGAGGAGGAAAACAGCCAUGGACCAGUGAAUGGAAUGCUUAAUGCACCAAGCCUUGAUUCUCCAGUUCGAGUCCGCUCAGAGACCACCCAGCCAGACAGGGAUGUCCCACUGAUGAGAAAGUUACGUUCAAUCCACAGCUUUGAACUGGAGAAACGCCUGACCUUGGAGUCAAAGCCAGACACUGAUAAAUUUCUUGAGACCUGCUUGCAGAAGAUGCAGAAAGAUUCAAAUGCUGGGAAAGAAACUGCUGUUGCUGCUGCUCCUCUUCCUCAGAAAAUGUCUGUUCCUGCUGUGGCUGCCCGCGCUGACCGUGUCUGGCAUUAUGAUGAAGAAUAUCUUCCUGAUGCUUCUAAGCCUGCUUCAGCCAGUUCUCCAGAACAAGUUGAUGGCAUUGUUAGUAAUGGCUUUGUGGCUGUCAACUUAAGCUCCUGCCAGCAGGAGGUUGAUUCCAAGGAAUGGGUGAUAGUAGAUAAGGAACGGGAUUUGCAGGAUUUCAGGACCAAUGGGGCUUUAGUACAUAAAACAACUGGAAGUCCCUCAGAUGAGGAGCCUGAGGUGCUACAAGUCCUAGAGGAAUCCCCCCAAGAGGAACAGCUGAGACUGAGUACUUGGGCAGAAAACAACGUCCAUGCCAAGAAUGAGGCUGUAGGUGUGGGGUUAGAUCUGCCUGUUGAUCAUGCUACUGCUGCUUCUGAACAAUUUUCAGAUAAAUUAGAAUUUAUGGCUGGAGUUGCUGGCCAGCUUCUUGCAGCCACACCUUCAAGUCCAGUGGAGGCCCAAGCAGAAGGAGCCCUCACUCUGCUCAACUCAUGUCACAUGCUGCAUUUCUCCACUCCGAGAAUUUCAAGUCCCAUCCUCCGCACCCUGAGCCCUAUUGCCCAUCUAUCCUCCCACUCGGACCCCAAGAAAGAGGCUGGGUUACCCAGGAGUCAAUCAGCAGAGAGCCAUUCCUCCUCUUCCCGCUCAACUGGCCGUAGGCAACUUCCUAUCAUUCCCAGUGGCAACAAGUUUCCCCCUGUCAUUCGCAUCUCAAAAGCACAACUCCAACAGAUAACAGUACCCAGACCAUCAGUGGCAUCCGCCCAAUCUGCCUCUGAGAGCUUUCAUUAUGGCCACCAGCUAGAGAAGAGGGACAGAAACACUCAUCCUAUGGAACACAUUGUGGAAUUUUCCUCUCCUAAGGAGACUUUGCCUGGAUUGGUAGUGACAGAGGGUGCGCUUCCCACUAGUACUAGCAGAACAGAUCUGGUACUUCAGUUAAAUCAUAUCAACCAUGAGGUGCUUGAGAGGGAAUGGCACGUCAAAGAAUGUGUCAGACUCGCAGACUGUGGCCAAAAGGACCUACCUGAACAAUGUAGCAGUAGGGAGGAAGAAAAAGAACCUGGAAAUCUCGCUAUAGAAACUGAAGAAGUAAGGCUUCCAGUGGUUUCAGAGGAUGCCAUAAAAAUGUCUCACAAAGGGCAGAGUUCUUCUCCACCAGGGAGCUCAAAAUUUGUGGAAGGGAAACCUCCAGCUGCUAUUGAAUCUGCUGAUGAAUCACAGCCAAGGACUUCCUGCUUGGUGCUAAAUUCAGAUGCAAACUAUGAGGUACUGAAGUCAGCAGCAGCUGAGAUAUCAGAGGUUUCACCAUCAAGAGUCAUAGACCUAUUUGCUGAUAGACAGAAAAGUCAAAUAGUAGUCGUGCAGGAAAAUGGUUUCCAUGAUAAUGAAGAAAUUGAUCAUAGUGAAGACUUGGAAUGCCACCAGAUGGACCUUUCUACAUUUUUUCAGCAGGAGGGCAAAAGAGAGAAAAAUAUCCCCAGAAAUGGAGAGCUGUUUCAUUGUAUGUCCGAGAAUGAGAGUUCUCAUCAAUGUAAGAAAGACUUAGUUAAGUCACCCUUUGUAGUCAGACAAAGUCGCAUACCAGUUUUAGCACAAGAAAUAGACUUGACAUCAGAAUCCACUUCUCCUGUUUCAGCAAAGGAAAAGCUUCUCCUAAAGAAGGCCCAUCAGACAGAUUUGGUCCGGCUUCUUGUGGAAAAGAGACAGCUCAAGACUUUCCUUGGUGACCUCUCAAGUGCCUCUGACAAGUCACUGGAGGACAAAGUGGCUGCUGCUCCUGUACCGUUUUCAGAGGAUGAAAUCUUAUCCUCCUUUUCCAGAGUGACACUGGACUCUCAUUUGGGCAAACAAUCUGAGGAUGGCUCUUUGUCACCAAGUAGCUCUCAGUCCAGAAAGAGCAAGAUUCCAAGGCUAGUAUCCUGGGCUACAACUGAUCAAGUCCCCAGUUCAACCUCAGCUCAAUUCUUUCCUCGUCCACCCCCGGGAAAACCACCAACUAGGCCUGGGGUAGAAGCCAGAUUACGCAGGUACAGAGUUCUAGGGAGCAGCAACUCAGACUCAGACCUUAUCUCUCGUCUGGCUCAAAUCCUUCAGAAUGGAUCUCAAAAGCCAAGGAGCUCCACCCAGUGUAAGAGUCCAGGAUCACCACAUAGCCCAAAAACGCCCCCUAAAAGCCCUGUCAUCCCUCGACGCAGCCCCAGUGCUUCCCCUCGGAGCUCUUCCUUACCCCGUACAGCCAGUUCUUCACCAUCCCGGGCUGGACGGCCCCACCAUGACCAGAAGAGUUCAUCCUCACACCUUGGGAGGAGUAAAUCGCCUCCUAGCCAUUCAGGCUCCUCAUCCUCUAGGAGGUCCUGCCAACAAGAGCACUUCUGCAGCAAACCAAGCAAGAAUGGUCUAAAAGGAUCCAACAGCUCCUGCCACCACUCCCCAAACACUAAAACCCCCACAGGAAAGAGCAAAUCUGCUAGUAAACUUAGCAGAUAGGAACUGAGCCUUGACAGGUGUAAAAGCCUUCUUGUAAUUUGAUGCAUGUUGUGUCUAUGUACUGUGUAUUUAAACAAAAAACAAAAAAACCCAAAAAACAAAACAAAAAAAUCAGUAUUGAAUCCUUGCUUUCAAAAGAGAGAAAAUAUAUGAUAAAUUAUUUGACAAGUCCAUAGUGUGUAAAUGAGUGGGCAGGCAUUGCCUAAAGACAGGCAGCAAGCAGAUCAGGGAGGGUGGUAGAGGCCAGAUAAGGACAGACAAAGAUGUGUGGAACAUUUGAAGUUAAAAUGAUCUCUAAGGUGAGUGUUUUAAUAGGGUUUUUUAUUUAUUUAUGGUUUUUAUGUUGUGUACUUAGAUUAAGGCCUUUCUCAAAGAAUAUGUAAUAGAACGUGAAACAUCCAGUUUUAUUUCCACAAUGAUACCACCACCACCUCUGAGACAGGAACUGCUCAGGCAUUUAUUUGUAGAAUUUUAAAUAAGCACAUUAUUUGGAAGAUAUUUCUAAUUUGUGAGUCUUUUCAGUGUCAGGCUGUGAACAUCUCUUUCUGUGUCAUUCAGUGUCCAUCCCAUCCCCCCCUCCUCCCCAAUGGCACAGAUUCCCGUAUCUAAAAAAAAAUUAUACACUUCACCUGUAUACUGAUGACAAUUUAAAAAUAAGUUUUAACGUUUUCUGAGUUUUAUAGUGUUAUUUUGCAGGGCAUUUGUCUUUUGUUAGUAUUCAAGAACCUUUAAACAUCAAUCAUGUUGAUUUUUUCCUUCUUAAUCCAUGGUUCUCCUCUCCAGGCCUGUAUUAUGUACAUUCUGGAGACAGUCAUUCCAAUCUGAGUUAUGGGAGAAAAAAGGAAGAGUCUUCAGGCUGGAGGGUUGUUGCAGACUUACCAUAUACUGCUGUGUGUAUUUUGGUCAGAAGUAUGUAAACCUGUUUGUCUGAGUGCAAAAGAGAGCCUUUGUUACAACAAUCAUUUUCCUAUUAGCUAUGGACUACUUAAACCUUUAUUGACCUUAUUCACAAUGAUGCUGUCUUGACAUUAAACCCAAGAUAGUGAAGCUGAGAAGGAGUAGAGAGAACUACAAACUCAGAUUCAUUUUUUACCUUGGAAUUUAGGUUAAGUCUAGAAGAUGGACUGUAUGUAUGUUCUCCGUGCUGAAAGGUGAGUGCAGAGCCUGUACACUUGCUAGGUUAUAGAUAAGAGGAAUAAAGCCCUUCACUCCCACUUCCUACAGAAUCGGAAUGAGAAUAUUUGGCAAUAUAACCAGAAAGAAGAAAAAAAAUAUCAGAAAAUUUAUCUGUUGGGAUUUUUGUCUUCCCUUUUGACCAAAUGUCUCUUAGGAAAGCCAGACCCCUUCACUGUGAAUAAAGUCCAUGGUGCCUAGUUUCCCCAAACAAGUUCCUUUAGUACUCACUUAAUAUGCUGUAGAGGAUCAUUGUAGGACACUUUAGGGAUAUGGCAACUUUUACUGUGUUCAGAAAUGGAUAGUGGAUCAGAAUAGUUUAAAACACGGGAAUACAAGUCUGAAAGGGAUACAUUAGCAUCCCGAAUACUACCUGUCCCAGGGGUGCUGGAUAUGUGGAAGCACUGUCAGUUACUGAUCUGCUUGCUGUAGUUGUAUGCCUUCCUAGCCAGCAUCUGUGCUUUUUAUUUAACCUCUAUUUGCUGCCAAACUAGUACCUUUGAAUUGAAAAGGAAAUAUUUCCUCUCUCAGCUAACACAUUUCUGAUGCUGCAUCACAGCUGCCCUGAAGCGGCACUGAAUUUCACUUGUUCUGUCAGAAUGUGUUGGGAUUUUCUUCUUCCUCCUGUGUAUACUGUUUUCCAUAAGUAAUGUAGCACAGUAUGGAACCUUAGUUUAAUUCAGGUUUCAAGCACUGCAGUGGAAUGCAAAAGGUAGGGCAUACCUGCUCUUUCUGAAGAAACUAUACCAUUGGAAACGCUUAUUCCUGUGUAUUAUAUUGUAUUAUAGGUACUAUACUAAUGAUUGCAUGUCCUCAUGGUAAAUUAUAUAAUAUAAAUAUUUAUAAAUAUAUAUAUAUACAUAUGCUUAUAUAAAUUCACUUACUCUUUCUCAUUCUCCAUUUGUAAUUUAUGAUGCAAUUCUUUUUCUGUUGCGUGUCUGAAUACUCUUGGCGUUGCAUCUCUCAUUUCCUGAAAAUAGUUUCCUGGCAUCCACAAAGUCAAGUAGCCUUCAUGCCUCAGUACAGGGAUGAAGGGUUGGUGAUGUGUCAGCAAGCCAGUGUUUUGUGUCUCAGCCUUUUCCUUUUAUUUAUAUUUUUUGUGUGUUUGUCUGUUUGCGUGUGAAACAGGAGCACAGACUCAGAGGUACUGUAUCUUUGAUUAUAAGAUAGGAUUUGUAAUUACUGUUUUUUCAUUUCACAAUGUACAUUUUUAAGCUGCAACAUUGCUCAUGAUACAGUAGCAGUGACAGUUAAUAAAUACCUAAUAGAUGACUAUGACAAAAAAAAAUCAAACCCCAUCUUUUCUUUUUUGAUUUCCUUACCUGUCACCUUGCAGUAUACACUAACAAGAGUUGGAUCCCAUUGUAGACAUCUCUCCCCAAGGCUCUGCUGAUACUGUCUCUUAAGGCAUUGUGGCAGCUUAUGAUAAUUUUUCAUUCUCAAUUUUCUGAGGAGCAUUCGCUUUGGUCUUUGAGUUUGUCCUAUAUGAGUGAGGUGUAUGGGAGUUUUGGUAUUAACUUCAGUGGGGGCAGGUUUGGGCUCUGUGCCCUUCCCCUGAAAUAUUGAAAAUAAAGUAUUUACAUUUUCUCCCUGAUACAACAGGAUCCAGAACCAGGUAAUCACUGUUAUUGUAAGAAUAGUUUGUUUUACGGGUGAGGGGAGACAUAAAACUCAAGAUAUUUUCCUUCUCUCUGCCAGAGUAAAAUAUAUCCAUAUUGUUCAAUAUUACGUACUAAUGAAUAAAAGAGAGAACAUUGAUCUUGUAGAAAUAUAUUACUAUUUGCACUUUUUGCCAAUACAAAGAGAGGAACUACAUCAGAAUGGGGGAAAGCACAAAGAAGAGGAUGGUGCUUUUGGCAUUUUCAGUGCAAUGAUGGUAAAAGAACUUUAUGUCCCUGGUAGUGGCUUACUGCCACAGAUUUUGUAGCUGGUUAGAAAUAGAAGCAACUUUAUGUUUAUGGAUAGGUCAAGAUUACAGCCUCUCGUACUUUUCUUCCUACUUUUACUUUGUUGGUUAUAUAACUCCUCCCCCGUGAAGGUAACACAAUUGAGUAUUAUGAACUAAACUAUCAGCAAAUGUAGCUAUAUAGUAAUCAAGCCCUGUGUAAUUGCCAUCCUUGUAAUAUUUCUAGAAGGGCCUCUGUAAUCAUCAGUGACCCUAUAAAGAAUAAAUCCCAGCAGUGUAAAUAUAUAAAUUAUUAUACAUUUAAUUCGUUAUUUAAAGCACCAAAGGACAAUGGCCCUGUGUAAAGUCUAAGUAAAUGGCUUUGUGCAGGGAAGCUCUGCCAUGCUUAGAAAAGGGAGAAUCUUCCCCAGGGCCCAGAGAAGCUGCAGCCAUUCUGCAUGGUUAGCAGAAGCUUCCCCUUACUCUAAGGUUAGUUCAUGGACCCACUGGCUAUACCCUCCUUCAAUCCUAAUCUCCAUUUCUAUGGAGAGAACUGCCAUGCAGCCAAGACUUACAGGGCUUUCAGAUUCCUCCUGCACAGUUCCUCUUCAGUAUUCUCCAUGUGUUCUGAAACUGUGGCAGUUCCAUUGCUUUCGGGGGGCUUUUGUGGCCAAGUGGGGGAAGUUGGGAAAGGGGCAGAAUUUCCCCCUGCCUAAAUGACUGCCAAGCCCUCCAGAGCAUUUUUUCACAGCUGUCAGUAUGGAUCCCUUAAUGUAUUAAAUGAAAUAAAAUCCAGCAUUUGAUAUUUCACUUCCAAAUAACAGAUUUUUGAGCUGCUAUUUUGCAGUGAGCUUAGUUUGUAUUUUUUUAAAAUGUAUCUUAGUAUUGGCAAAACCUUUUCAGGGUACACUGACUGACUAUAUUAACUAUAGGCAGAAUCCAGCUCCUGACUUAAUGACUUAUGCGACAUGCUGGAGUUGGCAGAGAAAAGGAUGCUAAGCAUACAUCUGCCACUAGAGCAGGGCAGGGUGGAUUAGGGUGGGAAUAGGUAACAUGCUGCUAGGUGAACUGUGCUACUGCUCUGAAAAAGGAGUCAUACUUAGCCCCAGCUACUAGUAUAUAUGUUAGCUGGCUGGGUGAGUGUGGCGGGGCAGGGCAUUCCCUGUAGCUGGUAAGCAUAUCCUCUCUGGGAACUACAAAGCAAAAUCCUGUCUUGAUGUUUGCAUGGGUGAGAAACAAGCUCCCUAUGCCCUCACCUCACAGAAUACUCAUGAAGCACAGGGCUCUAUCUUGUCCUAUAUGUUUAAAAGUGGGCUGAUGGGCUUUUCAUCUUUCAAGGCCUGAGUUCUGAGAGCUCCAUUCCAUGCAUUGCUGGGGCGUUUGUGAUCAUUAACUAUAGCAAGAGAAACACUGAAGUUGGUCUUUAAAAGUAGUUCCAUUCACCUUCCAUUUUUUGGAUAAAAGUGUGGAAACUACCUUAGCUAUUGCCUCCUCUUUGUUAGAAUUCAGCUGCCAGAACUAGCUGAGGCCCACUGUACUUUCAUUUAGUUUGACCUCCUCCUUGAACUACCCUUACUUAUCCCUGGCGUAAUUGCCACACCGCCCCCCUUCCAAAUCAGGCAUAAUUUGGGCAAAAUGCCCAUGCUCCCUAUAACUGCAGUAGCAUUUGUGGCAGUGACUGAACUGUAAUGUGCUAUAAAACCAUAUUCUUCUCUCCCUCCCUAAAGUAGAACUUAGGCAAUGUCUGACUUAUACUACAGUCUCCCUGACUGCCAGCAAGUGACCUUUUCCAUAACGAAUUGUACAUUUUCCCCAGAACUCUGAAGGACAUGAAUUCUAGUAGCAAUAUCAACAUGAGAAUGAAGAGCUGCCAGAGGGUAAUUAUUUCAAUCUCUUAAAAAUGAGUUAGUGGCAAAGAACUGAUGCAUACCUCCCGCUACUGUUUGAUACAAUGAUUUUUUCUUUGUUUCACCUAAAAUAUUUUUGCACAUUUCAUUUCGGUGACAAAAUGAACCUUCCAAAAAUGAAUGGGAGGAAUGAGUCGCAAUCACAGUCCAAUUGACUUCUGGUCAUUCGGGUAUAAAAUAAUUAUUUGCUUUCUUAUGGGCCUGGUCCUGUGAGUUGCUGAAUGCCAACUCCUGUUGACUUCUGUUAGAGUUGAGGAUGCUCAGCAGCUUGCAGAAUUAGGCUCAUAAAGUAUACACCAUCAUUCCAAAUGUCUUUUGGUUCAUCUAUGCUUCCACUGUAACACAGUCAGGGGACCUGGUUACAAUAUUGAUAAAAGCUGUAGUAUUUAACCAUGUCCCUGUGUUUAACUGUUAAAAGCUAUGGAUGGCCCUUACUGUUAAUGGAGCUUUCAGUACAAUGCCUAAUCCUUUCAUGUAUCUCUUUGGUGCAAAUGCAAGGAAACUAGACAGUGAACAAAUGAAUCUUAAGGAAUACUUAAGUCACCACAAUAUACAUAAACACCCAAUCUGUACUUUUCUGGCCUCCCACCUGAACUCCCCUUCCCCUGAAACACAAACACACAAAUCUCUUUGGGAAAAAUAAAUUAAAUAAGGGGGAACUUGGAUUGUGUAGUGACUCGUACUACCUGGGUUUCCUGUAGGACGCUGUCUAAAGCAGAGGAGUUUGUAUAAUCACAAAUAACAGCAGGCUCUAUAGUCUGAUGCUUUAAAUCAUUUGUCUUUAUUUAAUAGAGUCAGAUAUCCCUUUAAGACAAAAAUAUAUAGAAGUUUAUUAUAUCUAGGUACUGUAUGUUAACUUA